CAGCCCGGCAAAGCGGCAUUCCCGUUUUCCAGCUGCGGAAGUGACGCGUUCCGGGCGCGCCCCGGCAGCGCCGCCGACGGUUCCUGUGGCGGGGCGAGAUGGCGGCGCCCGGAGUCCCGGUGACCGUCACCAUCACUUACAGUAAUGAAAAGCACAGUAUUCAAGUUGCUUCUCAGCGAGAAGAUGGUGAACCUACACUACAAGACAUGGCUGUACUUAUUGAGCAAGUCACUGGAGUUCCAGUUCCUUUUCAGAAACUGAUAUACAAAGGAAAGUCUCUGAAAGAAUUGGAACAACCAUUAUCAGCACUUGGUGUUAAAAAUGGUUGCAAAGUCAUGUUGAUUGGGAAAAGGAAUAGUCCAGAAGAAGAGGCUGAAUUAAAGAAGUUAAAAGAUUUGGAGAAGUCAGUGGAGCAAAUAGCUAAUAAGUUAGAGGAAGUUAAUAAAGAGUUCACAAGUAUCCAGAAGGGAUUUUUAGCAAAGGAUCUCCAAGCAGAAGCACUAAAACAGCUGGACAAGAGGAUUAAAGGAACUGCAGAGCAGUUCAUGAAGACCCUUGAACAGAUUGAUGCCAUUAAUCUGCCAGAGAAUUUCAGUGACUGCAAACUGAAAAAGAAGGGGUUAGUGAAGAGGGUCCAGCUCAAAUCAAAGAAGGUCUAUAAUCGUACAAGUGCCGAAGUUGCAGUUGUAGGACUUCAGCUAGAUUGAAAAAGGCAAACUGAGACAACAUCUGGGAAAGUUGAACAUUCUAGUAGACAGUUCAGAGCAAUAAAAAAACCCUACGCAUUUGUAUCUACUUAAUGUUUGUAUGCAUUUAUAAAUAUAAGAAAGCUUGACUAUAAGGGAGUCGUACCUAUUUUAGCCUUAAAUUGUCAUAAUAAAUGGAAUGUACUGUAACAUGUAUGGUACUUAAUUUUGAGUGGUGCUUUAAGUUGUUACUGAGCUCCUUGAUACAGACGUAUGUUUUUUACACAGAUUUCUGAUGUACUGUGGUUUUUAUAGAUUAUUUGUAUUUUUAUUUUUUGUGUUCUGUCUUAUGUUGAGAAAUGAAAUGAGAUUACUCAUGCUGCUCAAAUACCAAGGGUUCAGUUCAAGCAAGGUAUAACUAAGGAGUGAUUUUGAAAGAGUUUUUUAAUACUUUUUUCUGAAUUUACUGAAUUCAUGAUGCUAUAUUUAAUGGGAAAAUGCAGUGAUUAUUCCAGUAUGUUAAGGCAAUCAGUGAAUUUUUAUGACAUGUUGCAAAGUGACACAGGUUUAUUUUAGCAAUGCCAUCUGUAUGAGGGUUAUGGCUGAGCCUUGCAGUCACAUAUGUACUUAACCUUCUCUGUUAGGUGAGAAGUCAGCUUUUGCAGGAGACAGAAACUUGGAGUGGGUGCAGCCAACUUUGCAGUGGUUGCUCAGAGGUUCUGAGCAGGCUGUGGAGCGUGUCAGCCUGUAGGUAACGUAAAUGUACAGGAGCUGCUUUUUCACUGAUGCUCCUCAUUGGGAGGUCAGCCAGAUAUGCAGGGACUAAUAAGGAGCCUCCUUCUGUGCAGGAAAUAAACUCUUCAUCCCAAAUGAGUCAGACUGAGAAUGUUUAGAAUUGGCCCUUAGGUAGUGAGGCAUUAUCCAUAUGUUUUAAGGUUAGCUGUCCUUUCAAGAUAAAAAUAGGAAAUGUAUGUAAAAAGAUCUUAACUUCUGAUAAGUUAUAAAGCUUAAAUAGUACCUAAGUGUUUUCAUUAAAUUAUUGUCUUUGAUGUUCGUAAUUGGAGGAACAUUUUUUUUUAGUGAAAAAUGCCAUUGAACAAAUGAAGUGAUAGCUGUGCGUUACAAAGGGUCGCUUGUAUUCUAAAAAUGUUGGUUGACCAUACCAAGAUUUUUGAGUUGCCAUGUUUUUAGCUGUUAACCAGUUGCUCCAAGCUUACAUUUUUUCCUUAGGAAAUUCUCUUAUCAGCAUCUGUGGAGGAUUUUAUAGUCUAAACUCCUAGGAACCUUGUCCAUCAUGUUAGGAUUUGGUAUGGUAGGACUGUGGAAGUUUUUUCCUAGGCUAACUAGUCUGUCAUGCUGCAUUUCCCCAGCACUUUAAGGUUAAGAGGAGGAAGCAUUGGUUGUAGUCAUUUUUGUGAAGCCCUGCCUAUCCUGUGGCUGCUUCUGGACCAGAUUCAGCUGACUCUUAAACCACCAGCAACACUUGCCUAAUUCAGGGAAUGCAAAAUCAACCACUUUCCUAUGAUGGAAAGGAUCCUCACCCUCCCAAAUGUGGGUUCUCUAAUGCGUUGAGCUUUCACAGGUGCACGUACAAUAAGCAAGAGUCCUCCUGUGCCCAUGGAGAGAAGUGAGAGCUGUGGUCAUGGCUAGGACUGUGUCCAUUUCUGCUGUUCCUGUGUACUUUUCUCUCUUGGGUGAGAACAUUUACAGGCAGACAUUGUCUUCCCAGGAGUCCUUCCCAGAAAUUACUGCUUCCUUAGAUAUGCUUGUGUGAGUACAUCCUCAGCCUGUCUCAGAGCAAGGUAGAUUAACUUCAGGAUGUUCCAUAGCAGAUCUUUUGAUGGUCUGGUUCUUUGAGGCAAAGAGAGUGAUGGUGAACCUCUCCCACCAGCACAUCUGUAUUCAACAGAGGGUGGGUGUCCUGAGCCAAAUUUACCUUGCAGUGCUAAGUGGUUUGCUCUCUAGGACAAAAGUAUGUGUAUGAAGACCAACUUCAGCAGUAUAAAUUGUUUUGUCUUCCAAAUAUAAAAAAUGAGUUGAUUUGUUUUGGAAAACAGAUGGUUGUAUUCAGAGUUAUCCAAGACAUUCUAGAGUGAAUUGACUUUUAUACUUAGUUUUGGAGAGGGAAGUUGUAAAACAUUUUUUUGUCAGAAUAGCCUUAAAUUCAGUACAAGCCAGCGUCUGUGCUUUUCAAAAGUGCAGCAGACUGCAAUUGUGGGAGGAUGGGGAAGGAAGAUGUGAUUUUAAAUAUUCUUCAGAGUUUGUAAAUAUAAAUAAGCUUAAGCUAUAGUUUCACUGAUUCUGUAGUUCAGGUGUACUGUGAUACCUGUUUUGCUACUGAAUCAUUUUCUCAGCCCAACAAUCUGCACGAUCAUGUCAAAACAGAAGUUACUCCCUUUUGCCUCAGUUGCACUUAUCCCAUCGUCUUCCUCCAGUUGCUGUGUUGCUCUGGCUAUGUUUACAGACCUUGGAUUUGCCAUCCUGGCAAAAUGUACCACAGGAUUUGUCUUUUAUCAAAAUGGAAAUUGAAUUGCACACGCCCUUGGCCCAUUUUCUCUCCCAGAUCCCAUGGGCUGGUGUGAGAAGAACCAAACCUGACUCAGGGAAAUGUGGAGUCUGGAGCCAUGGGAUGGGUUGCUCUCUGGAAACAGCACAAAAUUAUAGUGGCAUUCUCCAUGACCAAGUCCUCUGGAAGGUAAUGUCGCUGUAAGCCUGGAGCAACACUUUUUGACUUCUAAUGGACACUCAUGGUUUGGAGUGGAGCACUUGACACCGUGGAAGUUGGCACUAGAUUUUUUUUUUCCUUUUUUUUGUUAACUCACAUUAUUGUACUGUGAUAAAUGAAAAGAUAAAAAUAAAACAUGGAAAGUU